CCCAGCGUUUUCUUCCUCCCGGUUAACUAGACAUGUGAUUAGCAUUGCUGUCUGCUACUUAGUUUGCCCUGCAGUCAGCCUGGUCUGCCUUCGGAGGAAACACUGCCUGCAGGCUUCUCACCAAGCCGUAGCCCAACAACAGGGAGCCAGCUAGUUUCCAGGCCUACAAUCAUGCCAGCCACCACUGAAGGCAAGAAGCUUGAUCUUUCCAAGCUCACAGAUGAGGAGGCCAAGCAUGUGUGGGAAGUUGUACAGAGAGAUUUUGACCUGAGAAAGAAGGAGGAAGACAGACUUGGGGAGCUAAAGACCAAAAUCGAGAAGGAAGACACCAAGAGGGAGCUGCUGGGGAACCAGACCAGCCUGACCGAAUCUCUCUGCAUCCGCUGUCUGCAGCCAUUCAAGUUCCUGGUCAACAGCAAGCGACAGUGUCUGGACUGUCACCUGUUCAUCUGCAAGUCCUGCAGUCGCUACAACAAGAAGGAGGAUGGUUGGUUGUGUGAUCCCUGUCACAUGGCCAGGGUCCUGAAGAUCGGUACCUUGGAGUGGUACCAUGAGAACGUCCGUGCCCGUUUCAAGCGCUUUGGCAGUGCCAAGGUGAUGCGUUCGCUCUUCAAGAGGCUGAGCGGGGAACGCAAGUUUUCCCAGAGUGAACUUGGAGAGCUCGGUGAAUACGACACACAGAGCAUGCCCGACGUCCACACAGAAGGAUAUGAGGAGCACAACAUGGACGCAACGGAUUUGCAACAAUACAAAGGGACGAAAAAGAUCAAGAGGCGUUUAACCGUCGACCCCAUUUUUUUCAAAGCGACCUGCGACUACUCCAACGAAUCCAGACGACAGUCGGAUCAGGCCCAGUAUGGGGCCCAGUACUCGGGGGUCACGGAUGCAGGAGCGAGGGAGUGGACGCUGGCCGAGGACGACGCGGCCGCCGUCUUUCACCAGAUGUUGGGAGAGCAAAGCAAAGAUCUGGACCUGGACCUGGCAACACAACAUGAUGACCUUGUGUACUCGGAGAACCGGACCGCCCCAUCCCGCUCCAUCUCCCAGCUCAGCUACUCCUCGUGUGGGAGCGUCAGCCUCGGAGGCCCCCGGUGCGGCAGCAGCUUCCUGCCCGGCCCCGACGACUCCGAGGAGGAGGGGGACGCCUGCCAGCCGUACCCGCUCUACCAGUCUCACCUCGGGCCCUGCAGCCACACAUCCCAGGAGAGCCUGAACUCAGCACUGCCUCCCCCACAGAUCACUGACCUGAACCGUCGUAUGUCGGCCAUUGAGAACUUCUUGAACCGCUUGGAGCACAAAGUCACCUCAACAUAUGACCACCAGGCUCCUGUAACUCCAAACAGCACCUCCCCCCUCCCUCAGUGGGAGGAAGUGGACCUAGAGGAGCUGCAGCUCAGACAGAAGCUGAGCGAGAUGACGGACAACAUCAGCGACCACAGCCUGACCUCUGACGAGGAGGAGGAGCCCAGCAGGCCUCAGUCCUCCCAGGAGGCGCCGGCGUGGAGGAGCUCACAGGGGGAUUUCAAGCCUCCCCGAGUCCCCACCAGACCCACAUCCAGAGCCAGCAUAGUGGUCUCCAGACUGGAGGAGGAGCCGUGCGAGGACGGACCUCAGAAGAUCAACUGUUUCUCAGAAAGUCCAGAUUUGAAGGGAACAGACGAGGUCUCGAGAUCAAGCUUCAAAGGUUCGACAGCUUUACUCAACGAGCUGGAGGAUCGGAUCGCUCAGGCUGCAGCCAAUGUCCAGAACGCUGAGUGUGAGGUCUCCUACAUAGAGAACAGGAUCGCUGCUCUGAAUGCUGCCGGGAUGCCUGUGGACAGGAGGAGGAGGUCUGCUAUCCCGAUCCAAGGAAGGAGACUUUCCCACAACUUUCCCACAAACCAGGAGGACAGGUUUGUGAGGAACUCUAUCUACAGGGGCUCCCUGACACAGAGGAACCCAGUGGCAAAGCCCCCACCCCGGGCUACCUGUGCGAAGCCAGUAAUGAUGCAGGGUUCGUGAGGAGGAGGCUGAGCAUAAUGUGACCGACUUAUAUACUGUGCCCACGUACACUGGUUCACACACAGUCUGUAACACAACUGGAGUGUAUGUAAGUGUGUAAUGUUAGUGUCUAAGCAGAGAUUCCUGUCUGAAAAGCAGCUGCUGUUAUCAUUUAGAAAGUGUCCUUUAGAUAUUGCUAUGUUACUCUACUGGAUUAGAUCCAUACAAUAUCCAUAUGUUAUGCAUGAUCUGCACUAACUUCUCUUUGCAUACGUUAACACGCAUGUUAAUGCAUUUACUUUAAUGUGCAAAAAAAAGAAAAAGAAAAAGAAGAAACAUUUGUCGUGUUGAUUUGAAGUGUGUGACUGAAAUGAAUCCUUUAGAUCCUGUGGUUUCAGCCAGUGCAUUAAAACUACUGUAAAACCAGUUUGCAUUUUCUAAACCAUGUAUAUUUUUUAUUGUUAAUGAUGUUCUGUUGGUAUCUUUAACGGUGGGCCGGCGCAGUCGAUGUGUGAAAUCAGACGUCAGGUGUAAUGUUGUUGUGAGGUUAUUGAUGAAGAACGUGACUGAAAUAUACACAGAGAACAUAUAAGAUAAAAAAAACUUUGUACUGUGCUGCAAUGCAUUGAUUUAUGAAUGUAUAAUAAAUUUACAUUGACUCCAUAAUCACAA